AUGUUUGCUUCCGCAGGGCUAACUGGUCUUCUGAAGAUAUCGCAGCUACCGGGGCUGGAGUCUCAACGACAGCUGCUGGAGUUGGCACAGAUUCUUCUUCUGGAGCUGAAGUUGCCACGACAGCCGCUGGAAUUGCCACAGGCUCUGCUACUGGAGCUGGAGUUGCCACGACAGCCGCUGGAGUUGCCACAGGCUGUGCUACUGGAGCCGGAGUUGCCACAGGCUCCGCUACUGGAGCUGAAGUUGCCACAGGCUCUGCUACUGGAGCUGGAGUUGCCACAGGCUCUGCUACUGGAGCUGGAGUUGCCACAGGCUCCGCUACUGGAGCUGGAGUUGCCACAGGUUCUGCUACUGGAGCUUGAGUUGCUACAGGCUGUGCUUCUGGAGUUGCAGUUGCCACAGGCUCCGCUACUGGAGCUGGAGUUGCCACAGGCUCUGCUACUGAAGCUGGAGUUGCCACAGGCUCUGCUACUGGAGCUGGAGUUGCCACAGGCUCCGCUACUGGAGCUGGAGUUGCCACAGGCUCUGCUACUGGAGCUGGAGUUGCCACAGGCUCUGCUACUGGAGCUGGAGUUGCCACAGGCUCCGCUACUGGAGCUGGAGUUGCCACAGGCUCUGCUACUGGAGCUGAAGUUGCCACAGGCUCCGCUACUGGAGCUGGAGUUGCCACAGGCUCUGCUACUGGAGCUGGAGCUGCCACAGGCUCUGCUACUGAAGCUGGAGUUGCCACAGGCUCUGCUACUGGAGCUGGAGCUGCCAAAGGCUCUGCUACUGGAGCUGGAGUUGCCACAGGCUCCGCUACUGGAGCUGGAGUUGCCACAGGCUCCGCUACUGGAGCUGGAGUUGCCACUACAGCCGCUGUAGUUGCCACAGGCUCUCCUACUGGAGCUGGAGUUGAAACAGGCUCCGCUAUUGGAGCUGCAGUUGCCACAGGCUCCG